AUGGACCUGAGGGAUUUUUACCUGUUGGCUGCUUUGAUUGCCUGUUUAAGGCUGGAUUCUGCUAUAGCUCAAGAACUUAUUUACACUAUUAGAGAGGAGCUGCCUGAAAACGUGCCCAUAGGGAACAUACCAAAGGACCUGAACAUUUCUCAUAUCAAUGCUGCCACAGGGACCAGUGCCAGCCUUGUCUACAGACUGGUGUCUAAAGCAGGGGAUGCACCUCUGGUCAAAGUGUCCAGUAACACGGGGGAAAUCUUUACAACAUCUAACAGAAUAGACAGAGAAAAACUAUGUGCUGGAGCUUCCUAUGCAGAAGAAAAUGAGUGUUUCUUUGAACUUGAAGUGGUGAUUCUCCCCAAUGACUUUUUUAGGCUUAUCAAAAUAAAAAUCAUUGUAAAGGAUACUAAUGACAAUGCGCCUAUGUUUCCAUCCCCUGUCAUCAAUAUCUCCAUCCCAGAAAACACUCUGAUCAACAGUCGCUUUCCAAUCCCAUCAGCAACAGAUCCUGACACAGGUUUCAAUGGUGUGCAGCACUAUGAGUUGUUAAAUGGGCAGAGUGUCUUUGGACUGGAUAUUGUAGAAACUCCAGAAGGAGAGAAAUGGCCUCAGCUGAUUGUGCAGCAGAACUUGGACAGAGAGCAAAAGGACACCUACGUGAUGAAAAUCAAAGUGGAGGAUGGAGGUACCCCCCAGAAAUCCAGCACAGCUAUCCUGCAAGUCACAGUAAGUGAUGUCAAUGAUAACAGGCCAGUCUUUAAAGAGAGUCAAGUAGAGGUCCAUAUACCAGAGAAUGCCCCUGUAGGCACCUCUGUAAUUCAGCUUCAUGCUACAGAUGCUGAUAUAGGAAGCAAUGCAGAAAUCAGAUAUAUUUUUGGUGCCCAAGUCGCCCCUGCAACCAAAAGAUUUUUUGCUUUAAACAACACCACAGGGCUGAUUACAGUUCAGAGGUCCUUAGAUCGAGAAGAGACUGCUAUUCACAAAGUGACAGUGCUGGCUAGUGAUGGUAGCUCUACACCAGCCCGGGCAACUGUCACCAUCAAUGUCACUGAUGUAAAUGAUAACCCUCCUAACAUAGACCUCAGGUACAUAAUAAGUCCCAUCAAUGGCACAGUGUACUUAUCUGAGAAAGAUCCCAUCAAUACAAAGAUUGCCCUAAUUACGGUUUCAGAUAAGGACACUGAUGUGAAUGGCAAAGUGAUCUGUUUCAUUGAGAGAGAGGUCCCCUUCCACUUGAAAGCAGUUUACGACAACCAGUAUUUGUUAGAGACCUCUUCCCUGUUGGACUAUGAGGGCACCAAAGAAUUCAGCUUUAAAAUUGUGGCUUCUGAUUCCGGCAAGCCCAGUUUGAACCAGACUGCCCUGGUAAGAGUUAAGCUGGAGGAUGAAAAUGACAACCCUCCGAUUUUCAGCCAGCCUGUAAUUGAGCUGUCAGUUUCUGAAAACAACCGGCGUGGUCUAUACUUAACAACUAUUAGUGCCACAGAUGAAGACAGUGGGAAAAAUGCAGACAUUGUUUAUCAGCUUGGUCCUAAUGCCUCCUUUUUUGAUCUGGAUCGAAAGACAGGAGUUUUGACAGCCUCCAGAGUUUUUGACAGAGAAGAGCAGGAACGCUUCAUUUUCACUGUUACAGCCCGAGACAAUGGCACCCCUCCUUUGCAGAGUCAAGCAGCUGUAAUUGUUACUGUGUUAGACGAAAAUGACAACAGUCCCAAAUUUACUCAUAAUCAUUUCCAGUUUUUCGUAUCAGAGAACUUACCAAAGUACAGCACGGUGGGGGUGAUCACAGUGACCGACGCAGAUGCCGGGGAAAAUAAAGCAGUGACCCUUUCCAUCUUGAAUGACAAUGAAAACUUUGUGCUGGAUCCCUACUCUGGAGUUAUAAAGUCCAACGUUUCUUUUGAUCGAGAACAGCAGAGCUCUUACACCUUUGAUGUUAAGGCAGUGGAUGGAGGGCAACCUCCUCGCUCUUCUACAGCAAAAGUGACAAUAAACGUGAUGGAUGUUAAUGAUAACAGUCCUGUUGUCAUCUACCCACCUUCUAAUACUUCUUUUAAGCUAGUGCCACUCUCAGCAAUUCCAGGAUCGGUGGUAGCUGAAGUCUUUGCUGUGGAUAUAGACACUGGCAUGAACGCUGAGCUGAAGUACACAAUUGUGAGCGGCAAUAACAAGGGUUUGUUUCGGAUUGAUCCAGUGACAGGUAAUAUCACUCUGGAAGAAAAACCAACUAUUAAUGAUGUGGGGCUGCAUCGCUUAGUUGUCAACAUAAGUGAUUUAGGUUAUCCCAAGUCUCUGCAUACUCUUGUGCUUGUAUUUUUAUAUGUAAAUGAUACUGCUGGAAAUGCCUCCUAUAUUUAUGACUUGAUACGCAGGACUAUGGAAACACCUUUGGAUCGGAACAUAGGGGACAGUAGCCAACCCUACCAAAAUGAGGACUAUCUCACGAUCAUGAUCGCUAUUGUGGCAGGUGCCAUGGUUGUAAUAGUGGUGAUAUUUGUCACAGUUCUUGUUCGCUGUCGGCAUGCCUCCAGAUUCAAAGCUGCCCAGAGGAGCAAGCAAGGUGCUGAGUGGAUGUCUCCCAAUCAGGAAAACAAGCAAAACAAGAAAAAGAAAAGGAAGAAAAGGAAAUCUCCAAAGAGCUCUCUUUUGAAUUUUGUGACCAUUGAGGAGUCCAAACCUGAUGAUGCAGUUCAUGAACCUAUCAACGGGACAAUAAGCCUUCCAGCAGAGCUGGAGGAGCAAAGUAUAGGAAGAUUUGAUUGGGGCACAGCACCACCAUCAACCUUUAAGCCUAACAGUCCUGAUCUUGCCAAGCAUUACAAAUCUGCCUCUCCACAGUCUGCUUUUCAUCUCAAACCUGACACUCCAGUUUCAGUGAAAAAGCACCAUGUGAUUCAGGAACUCCCGUUGGACAACACCUUUGUUGGUGGUUGUGACACCCUUUCCAAACGCUCUUCCACUAGUUCAGAUCACUUCAGUGCCUCAGAGUGCAGUUCCCAAGGAGGCUUCAAGACAAAGGGCCCCUUACACACCAGACAGGCUACCUAUGGGACAAAGAAUGGGAAUGUUGACAACCAACCAUAUACUUUUUUGUUACGUGGGACAAGAGUCUUGAAUGUGAUGGCACUGAAUUUUGGAGAUAUGCCGAAGUACUUGUGGGAGAUUUGGGUACCUGACAAACCAUGGGUGUCCCAGCGCCGUGUUACAUUUCACCUCCCCGAUGGCUCCCAGGAAAGCUGCAGUGACAGUGGUCUGGGAGACCACGAGCCAGUGGGUGGUGGAACCCUGAUCUCACACCCUCUCCCUCUGGUUCAGCCGCAGGACGAAUUCUACGACCAGGCUUCACCGGACAAGAGGACUGAAGCUGAUGGCAACUCUGACCCCAAUUCUGAUGGGCCUCUUGGUCCACGAGGAUUAGCUGAAGCUACAGAGAUGUGUACUCAAGAAUGCCUGGUUUUGGGUCACUCAGACAACUGUUGGAUGCCUCCUAGCCUGGGCCCAUACCAACAGCCAAAGUCUCCUCUCUCCACCUUUGCACCUCAGAAAGAAUGGGUUAAGAAGGACAAACUAGUUAAUGGACACACGUUGACCAGGACCUGGAAAGAAGAUAGCAACAGAAACCAGUUCAGUGAUCGAAAGCAGUAUGGUUCCAGUGAGGGCCAUUUCAACACUGGCAACCACAUGACUGACAUUCCUCUGGCCAACUUGAAGUCUUAUAAACAGGCCCCGGGAUCUGUGGAGAGUCCAAAGGAGCACCAGCUAUAAGAAAUAGUUACUUUGGACCAAUGACUUUAGCUUACUUAGACUUGCUAAUACUAUGUGUGUGUCAGAGCUUUAUGUACUGGGUAGACCUGUAGAACUAUGCUUCACCUAGCAGAGAUAUGCAUAUCUUUAUGUUAGCACCACAGAAGGUAUGAUGUCCUGCAACAUGAAAGAAUGCUUCUACUAGUUAUGUGGUUUUGUUAAAUAGACAUGAUUAAAAUCUGCAGAGAUCUCUCCAGUUUGAAAAUAUCCUAUUUUGUUUCUUUUUUUUUUUUUUUUUUGACCCUGGACUGCUGCUAUGAACAACAGAAGAUGCAUUUGGAGAGUUGAGAGAGUGCGAAAACUCAGUGGAUUGCAAAGAUUGAAAAGCAUAUCCAGUUAGAAAAUUGUGCUUUUGUUGUCAUUGAUCUAUGCUGGGACCGUUAUACUUGAGAUCAUAUUGCAAACAAUUGAAGCUGUAAACAUUAAACCUAUUGUGCUAUUAACAAUGUUAGUGGACACUUGUAAGUCAAUCAGCGUUCAAAUACUUGUAAAUAGCAACAAUUAUUACUCACAAUUUUUGUGUACUUAUAAUGUUCACUUAAAAAGACACUGUAGCAUAUUUCUGUGUUUCACAGUUGCUUUUUAAUUUCUUUCAUUUGUUUUCUUGCUGUUUUGUUUUUAUUUUCAGUGAUGGUGUUUCUGUGUUAGUAGUCUGUCUGACACACAGUGUUCCAAGAAAUUCAAGCCACUUGUAUGAAAAAUAAAAGGAGUGAUGGGGUA